AGGUUGUGUUCUGUUUGUUUCCUGAGAAAAUUAAGGAAAAUGAAGAAAAGUUGAAAACUUAGGAUUGUUUAUGUUGAUUUUCUCAGCAACCAAACAUAGGCAUUCUGCUCUAAUUGUCUGGUUAUUGAGAGAAUGAGGGAAGAAUAUUUAAAGUGAGACUUCACAUGUCAGAUGAGAUUUGUUUUUCCAAGUAUUGACUCUUGAAAUUGAAAUCUGAGAUAUGCAACUCCUUGGUGUAGUAAAAUUGAUUUUGCUCUUUCUGGGAUGCUGACAUCACAGGAAAAAAAGAAGAAGAUUUAAAAGUGAAAAUUUGCUGUUUGUACUUUGUUUUCCCCCUUAAUUUUCUGGAUGACCAAACAGGGACUUUAUGUUUCUUCUGUAGCUCAAGCUUUUUCCUUUAACUUUGUUUUAGAAUCUUUGUACUUUGGUUUACUUGUUCGUUAAGCGAUCCUGAGAGUGAGUGAACUUGGAAAUGUGUUUCUAGCUUUUUUAUUUCACAUUCUUUGCUUCAAACCUUAGGCAUUUGGUGAGUAUAUUCUUAGGGGUUUCCCUUCGCAUGGAUUUCUAUAGGAAAUAUGUAUUAUGGGUGUUGUUUUUGGUCUCAGACAGAGAGAUGCUUUGAGAAGAGACCGUGCUGUUCAUUUUUUGUGUUUUCCGGUGCUUGUUUUCGAUCUUUUGUGGUUGUAGUUAUGGAGAAAAUCAAUACGAAAUGCAAGGCUCUUUUCAGAAGCAGAGGCUGUCUUGGAUGCUGUAGCCAACCCCGUGUACAUAUUCCAGUUGAUGAGCCAUCGAACAGACUGAGAAUUCAAGGUCGAUCAGUGAGAAAAAAUAGCAUAUCAGAGGAUUUCUGGAGUACUAGCAGUGCUGAAAUGGAGGACAGCGGAGUCCAGUCUCAGAAAAGCAUCUCAUCUGUUAGCACUUCAAAUCCCCUUGAUUCCCACAGUACUUCUGGCAGCACAAGCAAUACAACUGCAUUUGUAAAUCAUGGUCUUUUACUCUGGAACCAGACAAGGAAUCAGUGGCUUGCAAAUAAACAGCCUCAACGCCAGAAGGAACUUCGAGAACCUAGAAUAAGCUGGAACGCCACUUACGAGAGCUUACUCAGUACCAACAAGCCUUUUCCCCAGCCGAUCCCUCUUCCUGAAAUGGUCGAUUUUCUCGUCGAUAUUUGGGAGCAAGAGGGUUUGUAUGAUUGACCAAGAAAACACUAAAAAAACUCUCUUGCUUUUUUGCAUGGUUUACUUAAUUAUCAAUAGCUACCUUACACUA